CAGAGCAUCAUGGCUGCUACUGGAAGUUUUCGUAUGGUGUCCGAGGAGGAGCAGGCAUUACGUGCUAAGCUUGAACAUCUAACUGUGAAAGACCACGGGCCAGUGUACGGACCCUGUAUGAAACUGCCGGAUCACACAAAACAGAAGGCUAAAGAUGAGCUGAACGAAACAGAUGAGAAGAGAGUGUCUGCUAUAAAGGAGCUCAGAGCCAUGAUAAAAGACAAGGCAAGCGAAGGAGACGAGCUGGCCAAAACUGUGCAAGACAAAUUCGGCAAGCAGCCUGAUUCCCUACUCCUGAGAUUCAUACGUGCGCGCAAGUUUGACGUGGCCAGAGCACACGAGCUCAUGAAAGGUUAUGUGCGUUUUCGGCGAGACUAUCCGGAGCUGUUUGAGAAUUUAACCCCGGAGACCGUGCGCAGCACUAUUGAAGCCGGUUACCCACGAAUCCUCUCCACCAGAGACAAGAACGGCCGAGUGGUGCUGCUCUUCAACAUCGACAAUUGGGACCUGGAGGAGGUCACCUUUGAUGAGACUCUGCGCGCCUACUGUGUAAUCCUUGAGAAACUUCUAGAAAACGAAGAGACCCAAAUCAACGGCUUCGUCCUCAUUGAGAACUUCAAGGGUUUCACGAUGCAGCACGCGUCUGGAAUCAAACACACGGAGCUGAAGAAGAUGGUGGACAUGUUACAGGACUCUUUUCCGGCCCGGUUUAAGGCGGUGCACGUGAUCCACCAGCCCUGGUACUUCACAACCACCUACAACGUGGUGAAGCCCUUCAUGAAGAGCAAACUGCUGGAGAGGGUUUUUGUUCAUGGAGACGAGCUAGAUGGCUACUUGAGGGACUUCGGAGCUGAAAUCCUUCCUCCAGAUUUUGAUGGGACUGGUCCCGCCUGUGACGGCAGAGAAACGGCCAUCAAACUGUUUGGAUCUGAAGACACAGCCCUUUAA